CAGUCUUGCACAGUGUACCGGCUCCUCCCCUUCAGUCUUGCACAGGUGUACCGGUGUAGCGGCUCCUCCCCUCCAGUCUUGCACAGGUGUAACGGCUCCUCCCCUUCAGUCUUGCACAGGGUGUACCGGCUCCUCCCCUUCCGUCUUGCACAGGUGUACCGGCUCCUCCCCUUCAGUCUUGCACAGGUGUACCGGCUCCUCCCCUUCAGUCUUGCACAGGUGUACCGGCUCCUCCCCUUCAGUCUUGCACAGGUGUACCGGCUCCCCCCCUUCAGUCUUGCACAGGUGUACCGGCUCCUCCCUUCAGUCUUGCACAGGUGUACCGGCUCCUCCCCUUCAGUCUUGCACAGGUGUACCGGCUCCUCCCCUUCAGUCUUGCACAGGUGU